UGACACUGGCUGAGAAGAUGGCUUCUGUUCAGUGGCAUUCCCGCAGGCGAAACUACGAUGCAGAGCUGCGGAGCUGCCGUGUGCCAGCCGUCUCAGUGCAGAGCGGCGAUUACCAUCCGCUGAAACCUAUUACAGUGACAGAUUCCAAGUCCCGACGUGGAGCGCGGAAAGGCAGCACGUCUUCAUCGUCGUCUUCCUCCAGCUCUGCUGCUCCUGACCCCCUGAGCUCCAUGCUGGAGGGCACGGAUCCUCUGUCCCUGUUCGCUGCCGCCGCCUCAGCCAAUGAAACUCCUGCGCUGUCUCAUAGCAGCUCUUCCGUGGAGCUGGGGAGGAAGCGGAGGGACAAAGAAGAGGAAGUUGGCUGUGACUUUGAGCCGUGGUCGGCUAAACGUGGCGAGAUCCUGGCCAGGUUCACAACCACAGAGAAGCUGUCCAUCAAUCUCUUCAUGGGCUCCGACAAAAGUAAAGCCACCAGUCCCAGCUCUGCAGUCUCGGAGAAAGUGCGCACUCGUCUGGAGGAGCUUGAUGACCUGGAGGAAGGCUCCCAGAGGGAGCUGCUGAACCUCUCUCAACAGGAUUAUGCUAACCGGAUCGAGGAACUGAAUCAGUCCCUCAAAGAAGCUUGGGCUUCUGACCAGAAAGUCAAAGCGCUCAAAAUCGUCAUUCAGUGCUCCAAGCUGCUUUCAGACACGUCUGUGAUCCUGUUCUACCCCAGCAAGUUCGUCCUCAUCACCGACAUCCUCGACACGUUCGGUCGCCUGGUGUACGAGAGAAUCUGGUCCAUGUGCUCGGAUCCUGCUCCUCUUCCAGACUCGUUCUCUGUGGAGGAUGUAAACGACACAGCCAAAGAGACCUGCCUCAACUGGUUCUUCAAAAUCGCCUCCAUCAGAGAACUCAUCCCUCGCCUAUACGUCGAGGCUGCCAUACUGAAGUGCAAUCGCUUUGUGAACAAAUCCGGGAUUCGGGAGACUCUUCCGCGGCUCACCGCUAUGAUCCGAGGGAUCGGAGACCCUUUAGUGGCCGUGUACGCUCGAGCCUAUCUGUGCAGGGUGGGCAUGGAGGUAGCCCCACACCUGAAGGACAGCCUGAACAAGAACUUCUUCGACCUCCUGGCGUCCUUCCGACAGAUUCACAGCGACAGCGUUCAGAAUCAGCUGGUUAUCCAGAGGGUGGAGAUUCCCGUCUACCUCACGCUGUAUUCUCCUGCCAUCCACUGGAUCCUGCAGUGUGUGGCCUACCGAGCACCUGAUGUGCUGCUGACAGAAAUGAUGGAGCGGUGCAAGAAGCUGGGUAACAAUGCUCUCCUGCUAAACUCCGUCAUGUGGGCCUUCAGGGCCGAGUUCGUGGCUGCAAGAGCCACCGAUUUUAUCAGCAUGAUCAAGGAGUGUGACGAGGCUGGGUUUCCCAAGCACCUGCUGUUCGGCUCUCUGGGCCGCAGCUUGGCCUGCGCCGACCCUCCUGAGAGCGAGAGGUUGCCCAUCCUUAACGAAGCCUGGAAGGUCAUCACAAAAGUGCGCAACCCUCAGGACUACAUCAACUGUGCUGAAAUUUGGGUGGAGUUUACCUGCCGUCACUUUACCAAAAGAGAGGUGAAUACCGUACUGGCUGACAUCAUCAAACACAUGACCCCUGAUCGGGCGUUUGAGGACGCUUAUCCACAGUUGCAGUCAGUGAUGAUGAAGAUCCUCACCUACUUCCACAACUUCUCCGUCCUCUUCUCCAUGGAGAAGUUCUUACCCUUCUUGGACAUGUUCCAGAAAGACAGUGUGAGGGUGGACGUGUGUAAAUCCAUCAUGGACGUCUUUAUCAAACAUCAGCAGGAGCCAACUCGUGAUCCCGUCAUCCUCAACGCUCUGCUCCACGUCUGUAAAACCAUGCACGACUCUGUGAAUGCUCUCACAGUGGAGGAUGAGAAAAGAGCUCUCGCUCUGCUGAUCAACGGCUUCAUUCGCAUGGUAUCUUUUGGCCGUGACUUUGAGCAGCAGUUGAGUUUCUGCGUGGAGGCCAGAGCCACGUUCUGUAAUCUGGAGCCGGUUGUGAUUCAGCUCAUUCAUACGGUGAACCAUUUGGCCAUGGAGACGAGACGAGUGAUGGGUGGGAACCAUUCGCGCAAGACGGCCGCGUUCGUCCGGGCGUGUGCAGCGUACAGUUUCAUCACCAUUCCGUCUCUCAGCAGCAUCUUCAGCCGCCUCCAUCUUUACCUGCUUUCAGGACAGGUGGCUUUGGCCAAUCACUGCCUUUCCCAGGCCGAUUCGUUUCUGAAGGCAGCGGUCAGUAUUUUGCCUGAGGUGCCACGUGUCAUUAACGUGGAGGGUAAACAGCGUUCUUCUGAACCCUUUCUCCUCGACUUCAUCAACAACUUCCUGUCCACGCUGCUGGUAGUGCCGGACCACCCUGAGCAGGGCGUGUUAUACUUGGUGAGAGGAUUGUUAAACAUGGUGCAGGAUUACACGUGGGAGGACAACAGCGAUGCUAAAGUACGUGUGUACAUCAGUGCAUUACCGCUGCUGGCUGCCAUGAGUCAGGAGAGCUAUCUCUAUACCAUUCCUAAAGUGGACUCCAACGAGACGCUGUAUGGUGGUGACCCCAAGUUUGUAGCUGAGAUCAGUCGAGUGUGUGAAACUGUGAUUGGCCAGGUGCUGGAUUACCUCAAGACUCUGAGCCAAGAUGAGGGAGCACGCCGGCAGGGAGUGCUUGCUUUCUCUCUGUUCAGCUGUCUGUUGGCUCAUGGAGAUCUGCGCAACAACAAACUCAACCAACUCGCUGUUAAUCUGUGGAACCUGAGUCAUAAGAACGGCUACUGCGACACACGCACAUCGGUGCGCACCCUGGAGCACAUCAAGCAGCAGGCCCAGCAGCCUGACAUGGCUCACCUCUCCGACAUGCUCCUGCGGCUCUCCUUGCAGUCACGAGCCUGAAAAUCGGUGACCUGUGAUUCCACGCAGUGCUGGAUCAUCGUGAGGAUCCUGAAGACUCAUGUAUCCCUGACCUUCCUGUCACUAAUUAUGUUCACAAAUGACAAGAAAUAUCACAUUACCUUCACAGCACUAAUGAAUCAGUGAUGUGUUACUUUUAUUUCCUAUGUAAUUCGGAGAGCGUUUUUGCAGAAACCUGCGAGACACUCUGUACCCAAGUGAAUAAAAACGGCUCAUGUGACGCUCGCACCGUCCUGAUGGUUCA